GCAGUGAUAUGUGUGCCUGUGGUGCUGGGACUGAGACGCAAAGGCAGAUCCAUUGCUAGUAACCCCAUCACUAGCACAGGGGUCACAGAAGACUCUUAUAAACCACCACCACCACCACCAGAAGAACUGGAACCGGAGGAACUGGAGAGCAAGAAGAGGGAGAGAGAGGAGAAUGCCAGAUCAGCUGGAGCCAUCAAUCCUCACACAUCACAGGGCUUCCCAGAGGAAGGAGAGCCGGAGAAAGCAGAGUCAAAGGAAGGAGAGCCGGAGAAAGCAGAGUUAGAGGAAGGAGAGCCUGUUCAUUCCCCAGUACAGGCACGAUUAAAUUUGAUCACUAUGACCAAAGAACUUGUAGCGUCACCUUGAGACCUCACCAUGAUUGUAUGGGACUUUGAUCACUUUAUAGCUACAAGUAAAUAAUAAAAUCCUAGUGUCAGCAUGCUCACAAUCUGUUCAUUAUCAUAUCCCAUCCAUAUCUUGUCUCUU